AUGUCCAGGAUGACGACCAGGAAUGGGGGGACUCGACCCACUGAUAACGCCGCUGGUAAUCUUCUGGACAAGACAAAGGAGGUGCCGGUGGUCGUGGCUCCUUCAGCAACCUCGGCGGUUAAGAGAACGAUGGAUCUGUUUACGGAAGCUGACAAGGAAGCUCUCCAACCUGCAGGGUCGUCACGUGAAGUAAAGGAGGCGGCUCAUGACUUGGUCAAUGCUAGUCGGGAUGACAAGCAGGCGACAGAGGACAAUGGUGAUAAGACUCACGCUGGUAGCGGGGUCACAAAGGACAACCAGCAAGAGGAGAAGGUUGCGCUGGCAAACACUUCUGCAAAGGGUGCUGGCGACGACGAGGAUGACGGCUACCUGAGCGACGAUCCGGAGGAGCGUUAUGAUACACAGGCGAAGAGCGAAGUCGCGCAGAGGAUCCGUUUCGCUAUAAUCCUGCUGAUCCUGAUUGCCUACAAGCCGGAGACCACGCGGGUGCAGGCGACGCUUCGUACGCUCUUCAAUGGUUGGAAGAAGGACCUGCACAUGGAGAUACAAUCGACGACGAAGUUUCAGGAGCUGACGGCGGUGUUCCUGAACAAGAAGCAGUACUGGAGGCUGCAGGUUACCUUUGAUCGGGCUCGUGACGCUAACUUUGUCUGGAAGCACGGGGUUGUGCAUACCUGUGUUGACGGAAAGAAGAUCAACUUGGACUGGCAGCACCCGGUGGAUCCGGCCUAUGUCAAGGCGCGCGCGGCUGUUCCGCUGCUGGUUGAGGUUUUGUUUAAGGGGGUGGAUGCGGUGAUUACUCCCGAGAUGCUCUGCGAUAUGCUGACGACGGUGAAAUUGGAGAAGCGCGGCCGUUCGGCUUUCAAAGAAGGAAGUUGCUUCCAUCGUGUGGUUAAUCCUGUCACGGGGAUGGAUACCGACAAGGUCAAAGGGCUUGUUAGGCAGCACGUGGGGGACAAGUAUCGCUGGCGUCACAAGAUUGAGGACCCGACCUCUCAUGACAAGCAACUGCUCGUGCACUACCCGUCGCUGAACU